AUGUGCUCUACCUUCAACGCAUCCAGCCGUCCAGCUGCAUGGACUCUCGACCAGCCAGAGGCUGACGUCGCAGUUACCUCAUCCGAGUUUAACUCCACCGGUUUCUCUGCCACUGACUUCUCCUCCACUGGCUUCCAGGGCCCCAUCGUUGAGAAGACUGGACUCACUCUUCCUGACACUACCAUCUCUCCCGACGCGGGAAUGUCUCGCUCGAUCGUCAAGAUCGAAGCGCGUUUCGCCAACAAAUUGACUGGCUACUCAAUCUGGAAGAUCAGCACCGGACUCCUCGUCAGCCCCGACCUCGUCGUCGCAGGGAGUGAAGCCGUGUACGAUUCGGAGUAUCAGCUUGGCGCGGCUACGCAGGUCAAGUGCUACAUUGGAUAUCGUGGACGUGACAUUCAGCCUCGAAAUGGUCAGCGUGUCGUUUUCUCCGCAGACUGGACUGAGGGCUCGGAGAGGCGCUCGCGAGAUAUUGCUUUUAUCCAGGUUGGGCAACCUUUUAUUUUGAGUGCUCAUGUUCAAGAAGAACGCGUCCCCGUCCCCGUCACUGUUUGCACCAAUUGCAGCGCUCACGAGGCCCCUGUCGCUCAAGCUGAGCCCGAACCCGAGGUUACGCAGCCUGAUGCUCCUGUUCCCAUUUGUGUCGAGCCCGCAGUUGAGGAACCUAAGCUCGAGAUACCUGCCCCAGCAACUGAACCUGUUCCCGAACCCGAAUACGUUGACAUCAAGAUUGACAAUACGCCGGAUACUUCUGUCUCCGAUGAUGUCGACCCCUUCUACGACAUCCUCAAGACGGUGUCCCAAAUAGACACCAAGACCCUCGACAUCGAGUCCUCACUGAUCGACGAUGUCGGCCAAUUCGUCAGUGUCGCCGCUGGCUCUCUCGUCAGCCACGUCGUCGGCGCAGAGACCAUCUCCAGCGGCAAAGCAACCAAGCUCUCUGGUGUUUCUGAGCGCGCCCUCCUCGCUGAAGCUUCUCUCCAAGCUGUCUUCGCGAUUGAGCAGUCCACCGAGCUUGAUGAGAUCAUCGCAGCGAUGAAAGACAACUGGACUGCCAAUGCACCACAGGUCGAGCAGCUUUCUGAACUUCUUGCACCGUACCUUGCUGAGGCUGCUCGGUGUAUUAUCGAGUACCAUCAGGAAGAUGAGGCUGCUGGUAAUGUCAGUACCGCCAAGGUCCCGAAGCGCCGAAACCUUGGGAUUCGACAGUUUCCCGUCAGUGAUGCAACCAAGGGUUUUGUCAAGGGUCUCUUUGAACCUACGCUUCCUCUAGCAGGUCGUGAAGAUGUCUUCUCCUCUCUUGGUCCUGCCCUCCGCAGUGCUGUUUCCGCUGUUGAGCAAAUCGUCUGCCAAGCUGGAACCACCGCCGUUGAUGUGAACACGCCCAAGCUUCUCACCAAGUACAAGGGUCCUGCCCCCUCAGCCGGCGACAUUGAAGCUACUCGCGUUCUCGUCCAGCGCGCCAUCAUGGCAGACGCCGCUUACCAAGCCCUCUCUGCCCUUCCCCGAGAGAAGCUCCAAGUUCUGAAAGUCAUCCCUCUUGACGCCGAGCUUCCUCCCGCUGACAACAUCUUUGAUUUCAUCAAGAACGUCAUUCAGAAGAUUGGUCCUGUUUGUCUUCACGACGCCAGGCAAGCUGUGCACAGGUUUUUCCCUAUCCUCGUUGAUACUCCUGCCAAAGCUCCUAAGCAUGUUCCCGCGAAGACUGCAAGCAGUAAGUUUGCGCUUCGAGACUUUCUGAGCAGCAAGAAGGGUUCUGUCAAGACACUCUAA